UUUCUCAAAAUCGAACACCAACCAAUCAAACUUUUGGCUAAGAUUUUCGUACGCCAAAACCCAAAGCAAUGCACCAAACUAACAAAAACACCACAACCUUAGCCGUCAGCCCCACAAAAUGGACAGCACACACCAAAUUUUCAGGCCAUUAAUUCCUGCCGCCUGUGCCAGUUUCCGGCGGCUGAGCACCUCUAAGCUACUGCCCUGCCCACGUCCCAAAGCUUUGAAACACAGACACUUGUCUCUUCAAACAACCCAAAACUCCAAGUGGGCUGUCAGGCUAAGCUUACUGGACCAAAGCCCGCCAAAAUCUAAACCAACGGUUGACGUGGAUCGGUUAGUGGAUUUUUUGUACGAGGAUCUUGUCCAUCUCUUUGAUGAUCAGGGAAUUGAUCGGACAGCUUAUGAUGAGCGUGUGAAGUUCAGGGACCCAAUUACGAAGCAUGACACGAUAACUGGGUACUUGUUGAACAUCUCCUUCUUGAAGAUUGUGUUCACGCCUAAGUUCCAAUUGCAUUGGGUCAAACAGACAGGACCAUAUGAAAUCACCACAAGGUGGACUAUGGUUAUGAAGUUCAUCCCUCUGCCUUGGAAACCAGAAUUGGUCUUCACAGGAACCUCAGUUAUGGGCAUCAACCCGGAGUCCGGGAAGUUCUGCAGCCAUGUGGACUUCUGGGAUUCGAUAAAGACGAAUGACUACUUUUCAGUAGAAGGUUUGUUGGAUGUUUUCACGCAGCUGCGGUAUUACAAAACUCCAGACUUGGAAACACCCAAAUAUGAGAUAUUAAAACGAACGGCGAAUUACGAGGUGAGAAAGUACUCCCCUUUUAUAGUGGUAGAGGGAUCUGUGGACAAGCUGUCUGGGUCGGCCGGUUUCAAUGAUGUUACUGGGUACAUCUUUGGGAAGAACUCCAAAAUGGAGAAGAUACCAAUGACUACCCCUGUCUUCACCGAGGCAUCUGAUGCUGAAUUUUCCCAAGUAUCCAUCAAAAUAUGUCUUCCACUGGAGAAGGAUAUAAGCAGUUUACCAGAUCCCAAUCAAGAAACAAUUAGGUUAAAAAAGGUGGAAGGAGGCGCUGCUGCAGUUCUGAAGUUCAGUGGAAAGCCUACUGAAGAGAUAGUUCGCGAGAAGGAGAAAGUGUUGCGCUCUAAUCUUAUUAGAGAUGGUCUCAAACCUAAGAAUGGUUGCUUGCUUGCUCGUUACAAUGAUCCAGGCCGAACUAAGAGCUUUGUAAUGAGGAAUGAAGUACUGAUAUGGCUGGAGGAGUUUACAUUGGACUAGCAUGUUGAACAUGGCCGUUCUUCUUCGUUCUAACUCUUCCUGUUGAUCAUUUUUCUCCACAACUUACGGUGAUUAUUAUUGAAGUUGAAUCAGUCAAUGCAAUGCAAUGCAACGCCCUGCUCAUGGAUGGAAUGGAAGAACAGCUUGGCACGUGGACCCCUGACAGACAGACAACAUACGUUCGAGAAAGAGACAGACAAAGAGACAAAGAGACAGGACAGAAAAGUUAUAUCCAUGUGAACAACUCAUCAACCUCAUGGAAAUGGUCCCUCAAAAUCAUAAUCAAUUAUGAACCGUCCCGUCCCAUAUGCAUAAAUUACAUAAUGUAGCUAACAUAUACUCGAACCAAGUUUAAUAUACUUUACUCACUCAGGCUUUGUACAUUACGCCUCAUGACUGCAGUCUGCCGGUGCAAUGUGCCUCUCAAUUUUAAUGUAUUUUACCAAUACUUAGUUUA